AUGACGACAUCAUCGGGGUGGUUAUUCCAAAAGCGGCCACAUUCGAAGAGACUUGCAGAAAAGAGAAAAACAAUCACGCUCUCGUAUCCACCGUCGGUCGACGAUGAAACAAUAACAGACCAUCGAGUGAUCGUCGUUACCGUUGAUGAUAUGGCUGCCACGGUGGAGGAGAUCAUACAUGAUGUUGGUAUUGGUGCGCCCGGCGAAGCCCGGAAGUCACCUCGUUGUCUCGCCGCGCUUCUCUCUCGAUCGAUCGAGCCAUGGAUUCCGGGAACCGAGGGGCCAACGCCGGUGCUCUCGCCGGAGGCAGCGACUCGCUUUGGAGAAGGGAUCAGCCUCGUGCUCGCCCGGUGGACGGCGCUUCAAAUGGCGGUCCAGAACGGGUGGGGUGGGAGGGAAUCUCGCCAAAAGGCUGAUAAGCUUGCCUCUGCCGUUCUCUCUUGGUUCUCCAACGACAAAGCUCCACUUUAUAUAGAUGAUUUGGAAAACAUACUGGAUGAGAACAUGGUGCUUUCCUUCAAUACUGAAAUCGAGGAUGGCAGCGUAGAAGAGAUUGCUGAGCAAUUGAUGAUUAUGCAUGAAGACUGUCUGCAGGGAAAUUUUGAAUCAAUUGAUCAAUUAAAGAACUCUGCUUCCACGAGAAAUGCUGCCUCUCAAAGUAGACAGGUGGUUAAUGAAAACGAGGGUGAGAGUUCAGAUGAACAGGUGGACGAAGAUGGAUCGGAAAUGAUGGUUGAUGAACCAGACCCAAAGGAAGUGGCCCUGAAUGAGCCAAAACAACAGAAACAAACACCUGAUGAAGAGGGUUGGUUUGUUGUUCCUACCAAGCGUAAUCGUGGUAAGAGAUGGGCAUAAUUCAUGUCUUGCAAACUCAUAGUGCCGGUGAAGUGCUAAUAUAAAUAUUUCUUUCUUGCCAUUUUGGUUGAGCAUUUCUUUACUUGAUCUGCACUCUUGUAUCCAUCCCUUGACUUUUUUGUUUGAAAGGUUUCCAUCUUCUCAUUU